GCAAAAGGGACACAAAUGACAAGGCUGAGCGCACUGAUAGCACAUCAUCGUUAUUUUCCAUCUACUUUAGACCCCACUCAGGAUAUAUUGCACAACACUGAGUUGAUGUAAUCGCCGGCUAAUGGGCAGCAUCGUUGUUGUUGUUUUCUGUUACUUACCCCAUCAAACCGCACACCUCGGGAUCAUCUUGAUGGGCCGGCUAUGAUCUCCAGUCUGUAAUUUUGUUUCAGAAAAUGCUGCCUGAUAGUUUUUCUCCACGGCUGACCUUUUGUUUGGAGCUGGUAGACACAUGUGGAUUGUUGCCCCGUGGAGCAGAAAAGCUGCGUUCAACCUCGCGGAUGGUGAUGUAAUUAUCGAGAUUAGUUUGGAUACGUUGGAUUUCCUGGAUCAUACCCAAAGCAGGACGUUGGAGAAAGAGAGAAGAGAGUGUUUUUUUGUUUGUUUUUUUUUUACUCCAUACCCAGACGCGCACACACACACACAUACACACACACACACUGGGCAGGGAAUUUAACUCCAGACAAUGCUUCAUUGUGCCAGCUGUGAGAAACCUAUUCUUGAUAGGUUCUUGCUCAAAGUUUUGGACAGACCGUGGCACAUCAAAUGUGUCCAGUGCUGCGAAUGUAAAUGCAGUUUGACGGAGAAGUGUUUUUCGCGAGAGGGGAGACUGUACUGUAAGAAUGACUUCUUUAGGAGAUUUGGGACCAAGUGUGACGGAUGCGCCCAGGGGAUUUUACCCAGUGAUCUCGUCCGCAGAGCCAAGAGCAAAGUGUUUCACCUCAACUGUUUCACCUGCGUGAUGUGCAACAAACAGCUGUCCACGGGAGAGGAGCUCUACAUCCUGGACGAGUUCAAGUUCGUUUGUAAAGAGGACUAUCACAACAACAACGGGAAAGACACAAUCCUCCUUUCAGUCACGACGUGCAGCGACCCGAGUCUGUCUCCGGACUCCCAGGACCCGCAGGACGACGGGAAGGACUCGGAGACGGGACACUUGUCGGAUAAAGACGUGUGCGGCAACGAGAAUGACGAGCAGAGCGCCGUCGGGAAGCGGCGCGGGCCUCGGACCACAAUCAAAGCCAAGCAGUUGGAGACCCUGAAGGCGGCUUUCGCGGCCACACCGAAGCCCACCAGGCACAUCAGGGAGCAGCUGUCGCGGGAGACCGGCCUCAACAUGAGAGUCAUUCAGGUUUGGUUCCAGAACCGGAGGUCUAAAGAGAGACGCAUGAAGCAGCUGAGCGCUCUGAGCGCACGGAGACACGUGUUUUUCCGCAGCCCGAGGAGGAUGAGAGCGCUGGGAGAGAGACUGGAGCCUGGAGAGCUAGGACAUUUCUCUUAUUAUGGAGAUUAUCCUGGUGAAUACUACGGCUCAGGAAGGAAUUAUGAGUACUUCCAAGGCCCACCAUCGUCCCAGGCUCAGACUCCAGCGGACUUGGGCUUUGUGCCCUCCUCUGUCCCAGCCGGCACCCCAUUAGGAGCCAUAGACCACCACCAUCCAGGCCACCACUGUCCAGGAGAGGUGCAGUGCUUCUCCGACACUGUAUCACACCAUCCCACAGACUCGCCCAGCCCGGAGCCCAAUGGACCAGGCUCAAUGCACAGCAUCUCCAGUGAGAUGUGUGGCCCCAGCACACCCUACACCACUGUGUCUCUCAGUGACAAUGGAUACACCAACCAGCUGUCCCAGCCCUCCUCGGACAUGAGCGAAGGCACUGUCUGGUAAUCCAGCUGAAAUUGAACUACGAGGCACAUUUGGAUUUUGAAGGCAAAUCAACGCUUUUGUGUUUGUUUUUAAAUGUACACUUAUUUAUUUAUUCAUUUAUGUAUUUAUUUAUUUAUUUGUUUAUGUAUUUAUUUAUUUGCUUGCAUUUCUGUUAAGCUCUAUUUAACUAUUUAUAAAUCUCUAUAUUUGUAUGUUGGCUUAAUUGUUUAUUGACUAGCCAAUCAAUAGAUUGUUUUAAAAAAAUCCAUGUGAAUUUGACUCAUUAAUAUAUUCAUAAUGCUGGGCCACACUGAUCAAGCAAUAAACAAAAUAGGCUGAAGAAAGUGUUUUUUUGUUUGUUUCUUUGUUUUUUGUUAAAGAGAUUUUCUGCUACAUAAUUGACACAAUGUUAAUGUGAAGGUGCAUGACAGCAUUUUUAUCACAUUUCAGUGUUUUACACAUACUGACAAACAGCACCCUCUGUCCAUGAGUUCACAUGUAAUACAUGUAGAUUUUAUCAUUUAAUAAUAACAGAUUAUGAUUGUGAUGUUUAAUACAUUUGACCAAAAACUUCUCUCAGGACCGUGGAAGCAUUUUUUUUU